GUGUCCAGCCUGGGGCCGUGCUGCCCAGUCUCCCCGCAGGCACGGCUGUGCCUCGGGCUGUGGUCGUACGUGCGUGGGACAACAAGGCGGCGUCGCGCCGCGCUCGCCCGGCUGGGGCCGUGGGAGGCUCGCCCGCUCCCCUCGGGUGGGCGUCCGGGCGGGGGGAGCCGUUCCCGCCCCGCGCCCCUCCUGUCGCCCACCCCUCUGCCCCAGUCGGUGCCGUCUCCUCGUGCUCCCGCCCCCCCCCUCGCCGCCUCCCCGGUGCACGUUUCCCAGGAGGAAAGACCUCCGUGUCUGUGGAAGCAAGUGUCCCUGCCCGGCCCCUGCCCAGCUCCCCUUCCUCUGCUUGCCAUGCCGUCCCGCAGGGCAGCCCCGCUUCCCGCUGCCAGGCAGCUGGCAGAGCUGCCCCGUGGCUGGGGUCUGCCCUGGCCUUCUGGUUUCGGGUGGGAUUUGGGUGGGGGGUGGUGGUGGUGGUGGUGGUGGGGGUUUUUUUUGGUUUUUUUUUCGGACCGUGACACCUGCCAGCUAGAUAUGAAAGCUUAACAGUGCUAGUGAGGAGGCGUGACGGAUGCCCCUGCUCCGAGCGAGCAAUGCUUUGGUACAGGAGUCACCAACAACCCAGCCUGGCUGAUACCAGCCGUACUGUGCAAACCGUGAGAACCUUGCAAGGCCACAUCUUCUCAGGGACCAAGAACUCUAGGCCAUGUCUUAUCGGCAGAUAAGACAGUCCAAGCUGGGACUAGACAAAACUAAAGGUGCCACAGCUGCCCAUCUGCACAAACACCAAGGGGGUGGUUUGACUAACACGUCUAUCACUUUUGGCUAUAAAAGUAGCCUGUACCCUCCCCGAGCCCUUUUCGUUCUCUACGAGUGCUGCAUGGCAGUGAUCUCGCAUGGAGCAGGGACACCUCUCGGAGUUACUCCCUGAGGAUGACACCCUUCACCAGGCAUCCGAUGACUGCAGCGAGAUGUCAUCCUCAAAGGAUCUGCCUGCCCUUAUAAGUGAGGAGCUGCUUGACUUCCUCCUCAAGGAUGAUGUUCCUGGCCCUGAACUCCCACAGGUGGAGAACAAUCUGAUGCAAGACUGGAACAUGCUAGAGGACAAGGACCUAGACAAGGAGAUAGAUGACUUCUUCAGCUCCUUGAUGACCUCCUCUGCAGAUGAGCCAGGCACACUACUGGAUUGUUUGCCUGCCAACAGUGACAGCGGCACUUCUGAGGGUCAGCUUCCAUCCUGUAGCCCUAACAGCAACCUUGCCAGCAGCUCUUGGAGCUCAGCUGUUGUGUACACUGAUCACAACUAUUCCAUCCGUGUGCAUUGGCCUAUGCAGGAAAGCACGAUGUCUGGCAAGGCACAAGGAGGUGCUUCCGUCGACCUUGGGACAGGGAUGGAUUUGGAAGGCACAAGCAAGGCACUGGAACAGGAACAGAGCUCCAGUUUCCCCGGUGCUGUGGAUGCCGGACCAGAGCUUCCGCAGUUCCCAAAGCUGGUCCUUACAGAGGAGGAGAGACAGCUCCUGGCGAAAGAAGGUGUUACAUUGCCAACCCAUAAGCCACUGAACAAGGCUCAAGAGCAGCUUCUGAAGAAAGUGCGUCAGAGGAUCCGGAGCAAGCAUUUAGCCUCUGAUAGUCGUCGCACAAAGAGGAUGUAUGUGAAUGACCUGGAACGCAGGUUGUCAGCCUGCACUGCUCUGAACCAGAAGCUGGAGAAGAAGGUGCAGCUGCUGCAGAAGCAGAACAUGUCACUGCUGAAGCAGUUGCAGAAACUGCGGGCCUCCAUGAAACAGUCCAGAACCAGAACUACAAUAACAACCUGCGGCACGGUCAUGGUUCUGUCCUUAUGCCUCAUGGUCCCACCCAACGUCCACUCGCCUGAGAGUGGUGAGAGAAAGCUGGAGAUCAGCGUUCAGACACAGCGCAUCCACCAGGUCCCGAACCAGGUAGCACCUGAUGUGCAGGAGGGUGCUGUGCUGGAGGACCUCAGCUCAGAGCCGGAGGAACCCUCGACAUCUGGCAGCUUCAAUCCCUCCGGGGAAGAGGGGCAGAGUGCUCCCAACCCAGAUCCCAGCUCUUCUGUCGACAGCAACUUGUCCUCCAACCCUCCGAUGGCAGAAGGCUCUGAGCCGGGCGCUCCCCAGCCUCAGGAGCAGCAUGUUGAGAGCAGCCCUGUGCAAACAGUGGUGGUGUUGACGUGGAAAGGCGAGAGGGAGGAGGAAAGCCAGCACGCUGCCACAGUUAUCAUUGAGCAUCACAGUCCCAAUGGGAUGUGACCGUGCUGCCUCCUGCUUCUUGGGGUAAUGCCAGGCACCUUGCCAGGAAGGGGCAAACAGCUACCUUAACAUGUAAUCCAUCUAAGUAGAUUCUUCUGAAUAGUCUCCUGAUUGCUGUCAGCUUAGAGGGUUUAGCAGGGAGGAAUAGCUUUAGGGUUGACCGGUUCUGACAUGUUGCUGUGUGUAUCUAUAGUAUGAUAUAGUAUAAGUCUAUCUAAGAUGGUAAUUUUGCUGUGACUUUUGAUGUGGCCUGCAGCCCAGAGUGUGUCCCGUGGCUUGCAGGGGUGGGCUGUGGCAUGGGGGGGUGAAGGUGGUCGGGCCUGAGGUACCUGUGUUUGGUCUGAUUGGAUGCAGUUGGUGAUGGAGGCCCCUGCCCUGCUUCUUCCCUGCCCAGGUGGAGGUGAACAGGCUAGGUCCUGCAAUUCUUAUGGUGACUGGUGGCUGCAAGCAUUUGUCCCUUGUCCCUUGUCCCCUCCUCUUAAUCCUGCAGCGUUGCCUGAUUUCUAGGUGUGAUAUAGUGAGCUAAUCUUCAGUGCCCUCACGGGGAGUGAUCCCGACAUUGCGACAGACCAUGAAUGUCGCCUGUUCCUGCUGCGUUCUGAGCCAUGGGCACAGCUUCCAGACUGGCUAGAGAAGGUAAUGUGGAGUCCUUCCUAAGCCAUGUCUUUCCCUUCAGUCGGGUCUUUUGUCUCCCGCAGCCCUGGGAGCAAGGGCUUCUGAGCCUCAGGGAGAAGGCACACCUCAAACCCAACUGCUGAGGGUGCGUGGAGCAGAGAGCAGCAGACCUGCUUGCUCUUCUGAUGGCUUUCCUGGCCACAGAAUGGUUUCAAAGCUACAUCCUUGUGUGCCUGAGCUUUGCUGCAUCGGCUGGUGAUGCAGUUAGCAGACUGUUUCCUCCCCAGGGCUGACCAGAAACUUUUCAAUCUGGUGAGCGGUGUCUUUCCUAGAGUGCACUUUAGUGGUACCUGUUGAGUAUCUUUCCUUGUCCUACUUCAGGGAAUUUCAUAGAAUCAUAUAGAAUAGUUUGGGUGGGAAUGCACAUUUACAGGUUAUCUAGUCUAACCCCUCCGUGCAAUGAGCAGGGGCAUCUUCAACUAGAUCGAGUUAACAAGUAGUAAUUUCCUUAGUAGUAGCUUCUAAAUAAAUACUAGCAAUGUGA